CUACAGCAAGUGGCGCUGUGAUCGUAGUUCAGUAGCGACCAAGCAGGCGCGGAGCUGGUAGGUACUGCGCUGUCCAGCAGUUUAGUGCUGAACUGAGUAGCAUCCGUUCAGUUUAAGGGCUGAGCCCCGGAGCGCUGGUGAGGAAAGGUAUCUGCUACCGCGCACACAUCAAAGCAACGAGAACACCUCGUCGGCGCCGUUACCCACAGGAGUCCAAUUCACCAGUUAAGCACACACAACGUUUUGCUGUUUUUACCAAAGAAGAGCAGAGCAAGCUGGCAGAAUUGGUGAGAGAAAAGACACCAUUGCACAUGUUAAAAAACAGCCGCCAGUAAGCUCACCAUAAAAAGCAUCCCCUAUGAUGCAGAUGGAAGCAUUGGGAGCCUUUUGUUGUCUGAAGUCUAUAUCCCGCAGGUAACUCUGGAAGCCAAGCAAGAGCCAUGUAUGAUGGAGCAAUGGUGCCCUCUCCGCAGGAGAACACCAAUGGCUUUGCUCAGGCAAGUGCAUCUACAAACCGACCCAAACAAGAGGAGGAGCCCAGGAAAGCAGAGCCCGUAUUAGUGAAAAAGGCCCACCGAGAAAUCCUGGAUCAUGAAAGAAAGAGGAGGGUAGAGCUCAAAUGUAUGGAGCUGCAAGAAAUGAUGGAAGAGCAAGGAUAUUCAGAAGAAGAGAUCCGGCAGAAGGUUGGCACAUUUCGGCAAAUGCUUAUGGAGAAAGAAGGAGUGAUUACCAGGGAGGAUUCACAUGGCCACCCAAUCUCCAAUCACUUGCCUUAUGAAAAUGAAAAUAUGGGCCUUGAAGAGGGAUACAUGCAAGAAUGUGAUUGUCAUGCUGAUUGCUAUGACAGGGACCACCGAGAUUACAGAAUCAGAUCCAGUAGCUCCCCUUCACCUCCACCCAAAAAGAAGAAGAAAAAGAAAUGCAGUCGCAGGAGAAGUCGUUUUGACCGCUCCUCCUUGUCCCGGAAAGAGAAAAAAAAGAAGAAUGGCAAGAAGCACAAACGAGACAGGUCUGCUUCAGGUUCCAGAAAGAAACGAAGAUAUAGAUCUGGAAGCCCAAAGAACAAACACAAAAGCAAGAACAAACAAAGAAAAAGAUCCCCUGCUGAAUCACCUGGAGUAAGGUCCCACCGCCGAGGGAGUUGCUGUAGCUCACGCAGUGCCUCAAUGUCUUCACUGGGUAGCCCUUUGAAAUCACCAAGCAGACUUACCCCUAAGCACACUGAUGAGGAACAAAAGGUAUACCACACUCCUUCCAGUUGUAGCAAGUCUCCCUCUCCAAUGCGUGGUAGCAGAUCUUCAACUCCCUGGCAGAAUGGACACCGAGACAGUACAAAGAAUGGCCAGGAGAAUAGUGGAAAUGAGAUCAUCAGAGAGAAGACUCGAGAUACGGUAAAAUCAUUGUCUGCCUCUCCAAGGGUACAGUCCAAACUAGCUUCUGCUCAACCAGGCUCAAAAGACAGCAAAGUUCAGAAGCUUUCAACCAGAAUUCCAGGAGCUGUGUCACCUUCAGUCAGAGAUGGCUCUUCGGAUGAUGAGAAACAAAUGAGAAGGAGAAGGUCCAGGUCUACAACAUCUAGCAAACGAAAUAGUCGGCAGAAAGCAUCAGGCGCCGUACACCAAGAGACUACAAGCCAUACCGGCUGCAGCAGCGACUCUGGGCAUUCGCACCACAGCACUUGCCAAAAAAAUAAAAGCUUACAUGUUCGAAAAACAAAGAAUUUUCAUGAAGGUGAAAAGCAUCACCGAGGUAGAGUAAAUAGUCGAAAGAAGAGCUUAUCUUUGUCACCAGUUAAGCAUGAGAAACACAGUAGACACAACUCAGAAAGAAAAAAGAGCUCUUCUCGCAGCCUUCGUCACCGAAGCAGUACUUGGAGCAGCCGAUCUCCUUCCCGAUCACACUCCCGUUCCCGUGAAUGGAGGAGCAAAUCCAGAUCCCCCCAUUCUAGACAAAAUGAGUCCAGGGAAAAAGACAGUGAUGCAAGAACACAUCACACAGAUACAGAGGCUAGAGCUCGGAGGCGUUCCAGAAGUUAUUCCCCAAUUAGGAAGCGGAGACGUGACUCUCCAAGUUUCAUGGAGCCAAGAAGGAUUACCAGUGCCCGUAAGAGACCCAUUCCAUAUUAUAGGCCCAGCCCAACAUCACCCAGCUCCUUGAGUAGUUACUCUUCCUCUAGUCGGAGUCGAAGCCGCAGCUAUGGCAGUUAUAGCACCUACUCUCGCAGCAGGACUUCGAGCCGCAGUCGCAGCAGAAGCCGUUCAAGGACACAAAGCCGCAACCGCAGUCACAGUUACUACAGCAGGAGUAGCUCCGAGAGCACUGAGUUCUAGUCCUUUAACUGUUUCGUUGGUACAGUGCACCACAGAAUUGACCUUCUUUUUUUCUUUGCUCUUGCAUUUUUUUUUUUUUUUUUUUUGCAGUGAUGGUUAAAAAAAGGUUCAUCAGGAGUUGGACUUUUGCAAAAGCUUUUUUUCAUUUUGUUUUUUCAAGUGUCUCAUCCACACUUUUUCAUUGAGCCAAACUUGCACAUAAUUUUCAAAAUGUAAAAAAAAAAAAUGGACAAUGGCACAAGUAUUUAUGACAUAAAAACGUGAACUUUUUGAGAUCUUGUAACAAAUCAUUGAGUACUGAGAUCAAAAUGAGACUUUUUUAGACCUUGCAAAUGGAGCACAGUGAUCAAAUCUGUUCAGUGCCUGUACAAAAUGCAGUCCAUGGUGGAUUGAUCAAAACACAUCAGAGCACCACCAGUAAUCUCAUCAGCAGGCCGUAGAGAGCAUUUUACUUUCAUUCUGUGAAUCAAUACUAAUGUGCACAAACUUACACAUGACGGUAAAUAUUUCCAGAAAAUAGACACAAAACAAGAUAUUAAAAGAGAUAAAAUAUUACAUUUCCAGUGGUCAGCUCCUAAUUAAAAAAAAAAAAAUGCUGUUUUCAAAGGAAUACUUUUUUUACACAUUCUGGAUCAAGAAGGAAAAGAAGAUUGUAAAAAAGUUAUGGAAUAUGGCUCUUGAAAGAUGCCUGAGUGAACUCUUCUGGUUGUAAACUAUGCACUGUAAAUACAGUUUUUUUGUUUGUUUGUUUUUAAUUUUUUGUGAACAUUCUGCAUGAUGUACCCCAUGGAAAGAAGAAAAUGUCUGAGAAUGAACGCAGCACAUCACCCCAUUUGUCUUCAGUAGUUUUACACCUGUUAAGGACUAACAAGCAUCCUUAGAAAGACAUUUUUUUCUUGUUACUUACUGCACUCUAUUUAUGUGUUUUUGGGUUGACGUGCUCUGUCAUUGUUUUAUCGCCUAAUAUCACCUGCUCUUCUAACUGAGAUGAUUCAACUUUCAUACAACUAAUUCUCUCUCUAAUAAUCAUCUCAUCUCCUCAUCUCAGACCACUUUUCCUGGAGAGGGUCACAGUAGUCAACCUAGACUUUCCUGUCCCCAGCCACAGAUUCCAGCUCUUCCGGGGGAAUUCCCAGCAUUCCAAGCCAGCCAAGAAAUAUAAUCUGCAACCAAUAAUAGCUAAUUAGAGUUAAAUGCUCCAACUGAUGGUUAUCGACUUGGAAAAUGUAUAUAAUCAAUAUGCUCACAAAAUCUACCAAGUCAGAAAGGAUUUUACAGAGAAGAGCAGCCAGAAAAAAAGGUGUGAAGAAAACAAUUUCAAUACAAAAGGAGUAAUAAAUUGUAGAUCAGGAAAGCAGAGUGUUUAGUAAGUAUUUUACAAGGAUGAGUUAAAUGUUAGAAAUGCCAGCUCAAACUGGGCUGUAGACCAACGUCAUUCAAGUCAUGUAGCAUCGUUGUAAUGUAUAGGUUUCUGUCUCUAAAUGUGAAAAUGUGAUAAGGGAUCAAAGCCAAAGGAAAAAAUGUACUCUUGGGUGCAUCGAGCAGUGUCCGCAGGGCCAAAAUGGGUCGAUCUUCCCUUGUUUAUUAGCAGAUGGAGGAGAGCACAGGGGACUAGUUCCAAAUCAAAAUUGCUUGCUACUCUUCCCCUUUUGUGCAGAAAAUGUAACAAGCUAAGGCCAUACAGUAUUUAUGGUGAGAGAGAAAAACGCAAAUUCAGCUUUCAGUUGCAUUAUGUUUAUUUUGCACUUUUCUUUACGAGGACAGAGUGUUGUUUACACACUUACAAAUGUCCCCUUUUUAACACAAGAAUACUAUUCAUAGAUAUGUGAACGUUGUUUUUAGAGAAUUCUUUAUGUUUUGAAAGUGGGUGGACCAUUUGACUAAGUCAGAGCACAAUGAAACAUGUUUCAGAACUCAACAUAACUCCAGUCUUUGUCUCGCAUCCAAUAAAUGUGCAGGUUACAUUUAUUGGUAGCUUUAAACUGGCACCAUAUGAGUUAAUGUACAUGGAAUAGACUGGAAUUCUGCCCAGGGCUAAAACCUUUCAUGAGCCCAACAAUAGCCACUAAAACCCCACAAUGGAUAUUUCAUAAAAUAAUGAUCUACCCAUCCAUUAUCCAACCUGCUAUAUCCUAACUACAAGGUCACGGGGGUCUGCUGGAGCCAAUCCCAGCCAA